UAAACAGCCGAGGAUUUUUUUUUCCCUUCUCCCCACCCCUCCAGCGCUGGGUGUAUGUGUGUGUUAUCACUAGGUGAAAAUACCAAAUGCGUGCUGCACGCCUCGUCUCCGCGCUCCUCACGCCGGCCAAAGGGGGUCCUCUCCGCCCGUGUGUCUCGCCAUUUCCCCGGCGAUGAGAUUGCGUGAUUCGAGCCUCGACAUCCACCUCCCCCCCAUCUCUCCGCCCUGGGUGGACUGGCCCUUGGAGAAGCGUCCGAGCUCUGGCAGCAGCAGCAACAGCAGCAGCAACAGCUACAGCGCGAACAAGUCUCUCGCCAGUCUCGUCUCUCCGCUCGCCAAGUUUGCGCACGGCAUCUGAGCCGGCUGGAUACCGUGGUGGCAAUCAGCUCUCUGAUCGUGCAACACACACAAAAACCCCCACACACACAAACAUGCUGCAAAUGGAUGUAAUUCCAGUAAUUCUGGCUUUCGUACUCUCCGCUAAAUCAGUCUUAGGGUUUGGAGUGGACCCUGACUUGCAAAUCGAUGUCACCCGAGAGCUGGAUCUCGCUAAUACGACGACUGGAGUUGCUCAGGUACCGGGGUUAUAUAAUAACAGCAAAGCAUAUUUGUUUCAAGAUGUGGAGAGACGGAUAGAGGCAACUCCACACACGACGAAGAAAAUGGUCCAACUGCUUCGAAACAAGAGCGAGUUCACCGUUAUAGCAACUAUCCAACAGAAGGUUUUAACCUCGGGUGUCAUCUUGUCCAUCCACCAGUCUGAUCUCAGGUAUUUUGAACUGGAGAGCAGCGGCCAAAGAGAUGAGAUAAGAUAUCACUACAGUUUCAACGGGAGAUCCCGGACUGAGGUGUUUCCGUAUCGACUGGCCGACGGUCUGUGGCAUCGCAUUGCGCUCUCUGUCAGCGCCUCCCGCCUCUUGCUUCAUGUGGAUUGUAACAGGAUUUAUGAGCGUGUGAUUGAUACUCCUCAGUCAGUGCUCACUCCAGGGACCAGUGUGUGGUUAGGACAACAGAAUGCCAGGCACGGACUAUUUAAGGGCAUUCUGCAGGACGUCAAGAUCAUCUUGAUGCCUAAUGGAUAUGUAAUGCAGUGCCCGGACCUGAAUCGCACAUGCCCGACUUGCAGUGACUUCCUCAACCUGGUCCAAGGCAUCAUGGAUCUGCAGGACCUGCUGGCAAAAAUGACAUCUAAAGUAAGUUGA